AUAAAGCCCCCCAGGGUCUCAGCAGAUCACAGUUCCCAACUGACAACGACAAGAUGACCAGCCUCUCUGCUAAAGACAAGGACGCCGUCAAGGCUUUCUGGGCCAAAAUCUCCUCCAAGGCGACGGAUAUUGGAGCAGAUGCUCUUGGCAGGAUGCUGGUGGUGUACCCCCAGACCAAGACCUACUUCGCCCACUGGAAGGACCUGAGCCCCGGCUCUGCCCCGGUGAAGAAGCACGGUCAGACUGUGAUGGGAGGAGUUGCUGAUGCUGUGUCCAAAAUCGACAAUCUGACUGCUGGUCUGCUGAACCUCAGCGAGCUGCACGCCUUCACCCUGAGAGUGGAUCCUGCCAACUUCAAGAUUCUCUCCCACAACAUCCUGGUGGUGCUGGCCACCAUGUUCCCCAACGACUUCACCCCUGAGGUGCAUGUGGCCAUGGACAAGUUCCUGGCUGCCUUGGCUCUGGCUCUGUCUGAGAAGUACAGAUAAACAUCACGAAGUCCAAGAUGUUGAAGAACAGAGUCCUCUUUCUCUGCCAAUGAU